AUUAAUUUCUUACAUACCGCUGUGCUCGAAUCUGAUCGGCACGUUCCGUGGCCUGCAUUGCAUUGCGAUUGUCUGUCGCCGCCGCCCGCUACCGCCGCCGCUGUCGCUCGCACGCACGCGGCGUGAUAUCCGAGAAAUAUGGUCCGCUACAAUAACGAUCUCGACAACUACGAGAGCUACUACCACCACGAAGAGCACGAAACCUACGACAGCCCCGAGGACCCCUACUCCGAGCGCAGUCCUCGACCGCCGCCUCCGACUAGAGCCUCCCGCCAUGCCGACGACAACGACAGCAGCAGUCACCUCUUCCACCGCGAACAUGUAAUGCCGGCGGCUGGCCACGCAUUGGCGGGCGCGGUUGGGUCCGCGCUGGCGAAUCUCGCUACCUACCCGCUCGAUGUCGUGUCCACGCGUCUCAAGGUGCAACGGCACGCGAUGGCGCAGCGGCUAGAGCGCGAAGAGUUGCAGCGACAUCAUAAGGGGAAGACAAAGACGAAGACGAAGACGCGGGGGCGCAGAUCGUCGACGUCGAGUUCUUCCUCAGCCACCGGUGAGGAGGAGGCGGUGGGCAUCUUUAAUGUUACACAGGAACAGGCGAAGGAGUAUCAUGUACGCGAGACUAGGGAGGGAACUACUGUGGUUGAGUCCUGGGAGUAUGAAUAUGAGGACGAGGAGCUGUAUAGAGGGCAUUUUGAUGCCGUGCAGAAGAUCUAUGAGAAGGAAGGGAUCCAGGGGUUCUAUCAUGGUGUUGGGUGGGAUACGGUCGGCACGGCGGCGAGUGGGUUUUGGUAUUUUAUGGCUUACACCUUACUGCGGAAGCAACGGUUGCAUAUCCUUGCGCAGCAUGGAAAACACACGCAGAGUCUUCCCGUAAUGGAGGAGCUUGGAAUCGGCAUUGCGGCUUCAGCCCUGUCGAAGCUCGUCUCGACGCCGUUCAGCAACAUUGUGACGCGCAAGCAGACCGCGGCAAUGUUAUACCCGGGAGCGAAAACCCCUAGCUUUGACGACAUUUACCACGACAUCAUGCGGGAAAAGGGCAUCACCGGAUUCUGGUCCGGAUACACCGCGUCGCUGCUGCUCACUUUCAAUCCGAGCAUCACCUUCCUGCUGUACGAGUACGCGAAGCCGCACAUGACCGCGCACAAGGGCGGGUCGCUAGAUAAGAUGGAUAUCUUCCUGCUGGCGGCGCUGUGCAAGGCAGCUGCUACCACCUUGACGUACCCGUUGAAUGUGAUCAAGAUCAGAUCGCAGAUGGACGAUGGUGGCGAUGAGUACGAUGGUAUUCUUGACAGUUCUGCGAGCGGUGUCAAGGGCAUCCAUGUGUCGAGGGGAAGGGCUGCUAAAAACAAGAUCGACACCCACUACAGGAGAGCUGUGAGGCGUGCCAGCGGUAUCGUCGAGCUCCUCUCGGAAAUCGUCAAGAGGGAAGGCAUCACUGCACUGUAUAUUGGUCUCGGAGGGACGAUCGCGAAAGGCUUCAUUUCCCACGGUAUGUGUGACGAUGAUGAUCAAGGAGAAUGUUCACCGCUUCAUCAUCAAACUGUAUUUCUUCGUCCUUGAUGCGUACCAACGCAGCGAGUAUGGCUCCUUCCGGGAGGCGGCACUAGGCAAGACGCUAGAGGGCGUUCGUAAGACCGGUCAUGUCGU